CUUCAGUCCAACUACUCACUCUAUCAUUGUUUUCUCUUGAAAAGAAAACCAAAUGCCCGCCUUGGAAAUCCCCCCCAUCGGCCUCGGCCUCGGCAGCCUCGCCGGCUUCUACGGCCCCGCAGGCUCUCUCGACGACAAACUCUCCCUCUUGUCACAUGCACACGCCACGGGGCUCCGGCACUGGGACAUGGCCGACGUCUACGGGGACGCGGAAGCCGUCGUCGGCGAGUGGAUUCGGCGCGCGGGAAAAGCAAAGCGCGACGAGAUUUUCAUCGCGACGAAAUUCGGCCUUCAGCGCCAGGCCGACGGGAUACGGACCUUUCGUUCGGACCCGGCGUAUGUGCGCGAGGCGUGUGAGAGGAGUCUAGAGCGGUUGGGGGUGAGUUGUAUCGAUUUGUACUACUGUCAUCGCGUUGAUGGGGUCACGCCGAUUGAGAGGACGGUCAUGGCCAUGGUUGAGCUUGUCAAAGAAGGCAAAAUCAAACACAUCGGCCUCUCCGAAGUGUCCGUCGCAACCCUCCGCCGCGCACACGCCGUGCACCCAAUCGCCGGACUGCAGAUGGAAUACAGCCUGUUCACCCUCGACAUCGAGUCGUCCAAGUCCUCCUCCUCCUCCUCGGAAUCAAUCCUCGCAACAGCCCGCACCCUCGGCACGCAAGUCGUCGCCUUUAGCCCCAUCGGCCGCGGAAUCCUCAGCGGCUCCUUCCCCACCCACGCCUCGCUCCCGCCAAACGACCUCCGAACCAUGUACCCCAAAUACGCAGAGAGUAACUUUGCCGCGAUCAUGCAGCUCGUGCACGGGAUUGAGGAUGUCGCGCGGAGUCUGGGGGAGGAUGUUACGGCGGCGCAGGUUGCGCUUGCGUGGGUGCUUGCGCAGGGGGUUGUUGUUAUCCCGGGCACGAAGAACCCGCGGAGGAUGGAGGAGAAUAUGGCGGCGGGGAGGGUUUUGAAGUUAUUGAGGGGGCGGGAGGGGGCUGUGGAGGGGUUGAGGAAGUUGGCGGAGGGGGUUAGGGGAGGAAUUGUGGGGGAGAGGUAUCCUGCUGCGGCUAUGGCUACGCUGUGCACGGAUACACCCUUGUUGGAGGGCUGA